AGCUUUGGCUCAAGGCAGCUGCCCGCCUCGCCCGCCGCAGCCCCGCGUCUCGCCAUGGGGCUUCCGCUUCCCCUGCUCGCGGUCCUUGCGCUGGCCGCCUCGCGGUGCCGUGCGGACAGCCAGUGCUCGGACGGGGGCGCCGAGCCUGAGGUGCACGACGUGGAGUCCGACGACGACGGCGCCUUUGCCCAGCUGCGCACUGCGCGCGCCUUUCCGGCGAUGACUAUGCCGCCUUGGCCGGGCUCCGCACCGAGCGGUUCCUCGGCCUGCACGGCCGCGGUGGGGGGUGUAUGCUUCAGCGGCUCCAUGUGCUGCGGCGACAUGGGCCCAGGCGAUACCGUCGCCUCUUCAUGCAAGUGCUGCCCCAACGGGUGCCCAGGAAGCGACUCGACUGACGACGCCACCACCACGUCUCCGCCGCUCGACGACUCGGUGGACGGCGCCACCACCACGUCUCCGCCGCUGGACCCUUUCUCGGCAGGCGCGGGCGAGUGCACCGCCCCUGGCGCGAUCGACCCGCAGGACAUGAUCAAUGGCGGCGCCGCUAAGCUGAAGAAGGCGGGGAAGUGUGGGGCGGAUGGCUGCACCUGCUCGACCGGAUUGAUAUCUGUCGGCGGUUGCCGUACUUGCUCGGCCAUGCGCUGAGGCCCGCGGCGACUUUUCCUCCAAUCCAAUGUUUUGUGCAGUUCCCAGCAGAUCUGGCAAAUCUUUGGCCACGCGCCCAAUGUCACAUUUCACGUGCAUCGCUCGCGCUCGGGCAAGACAGUUCGUGUGCUAGCGCAGCGCGCUUUCAAGUGAGACGGACAAUUUCCUACACAAUGAAGAGAGUCCCUUCUUCGUCUCCACUUCCCUCCUUGCGUCUACUUGUGAUUUUCCUUGCCUUAGAUGCUGUGUGGCACUUCGUCGGAGGGGAGGCUCGACGUUGCCCCAUCAGCCAGACUACUGCUGCUGUACCUCGCCUUGUCUUGUGCUCCUAAA